AUGGCACCGGCAGCAACACUUGUAGCAGACGAAGCUGCAGGAAGCGCGAAUAGCUUGAGUUUCGGGAGGACGAAAGAUGGGAAGAAGUUGAAGAUUAGGUCGUAUCCUAAGUUUGAGAGUUUGGAGGAGGAGAGGUUGUAUCGGAAGCAGCAUCUUGCUGCUGCUUUUAGGGCUGAUUUUGAAAACAACAGAUUUGCAGAGAGAGGAUUUGAUGAGGGAGUUGCGGGACACAUAUCUGUCCGUGAUCCGAUAUUGACGGAUCACUUCUGGCUCAACCCACUGUCUCAACACUUCUCACAGAUCUGUGUCUCGGAUCUUAUUCUUGUGAACGAGGAUGGAGACGUAGUAGUUGGAGAUGAGCCCAUAAAUGCUGCAGCUUUUGCAAUCCACUCCGAAAUCCACAAAGCCCGCCCCGAUGUCCACGCUGCCUGCCACGCACACUCAGUAUACGGCAAAGCCUACUCCGCUUUUGGCCGCCCCCUUGACAUGAUAACCCAAGACGCCCUCCGCUUCUACAACUCCCACUUCGUAUACGACAACUUCGGCGGCAUUGUUCUCGACCGCGAAGAAGGGGUACGAAUUGCCAAGUGUCUGGGGAACGGCAAAGCUGCCAUACUACAAAAUCAUGGGCUCUUAACUGUGGGGAAGAGUGUUGAUGAAGCAGCAUUUUGGUUUAUGAGUUUGGAUAAGACGUGUCAAGUUCAGUUGCUGGUCGAUGCCGCGAGUGCGGGUAGCGGUCAUAAGAAGAUUAUUAUUGGGGAUGAGGAGGCGCAGUUUACGCAUGAUCAGAUCGGGACACCUGAGAAGGGGUGGUUGGGUUUUCAGGGGUAUUAUGAUGAGAUUUUGGCGAAGACGAGAGGAAGUUUCCUCAAAUAG